AUUUCUCGUACCCAAGCAUAGAACAUCCGUUUUUGUUUUAUUUUAGGAUGAAGCUAAUUUAACUGCUUGAACUUUGCUGAAUCACACGGUAUUGUGAGCGUAUCACCUGUCAAACGUAUAAGUAAUCAUAAUGUGUCUUUCCAGUAGAAUAUGACGAAAUAUGUUACAUGAUAAUUUUUUUUCUCAUUACUGUAGUCCCAAGCUUAGAGUAUCCGGUUAUGUAUUAUUUUGAAAGCUCCUGCCGGAAUCCCAGUGUUUUCUGCGAGUAAGCGUGACACCUGUCUGCACGCAGUGGCACCGGCCAGUGCGGAAGGUUCGGGGAGACAAACCGGAUUAGGGCACCUCUACCUGGGGCAGAAAAGUGCUUCCCUUGAACCUGAAGGAGACACCGGGGGCUCCUCAAGCUUGACGCCAGCGAGCGACGCGCGCCUACGGUGUGGAAGGAAGGAGGGUGCUGGCGGUGCCACUACACGGAGCACCUGGAUGAGCGGGGAGUACCGGUAGCACCGCGGGGACGAAAAGCUCUUUUUCUCGGAUGCCUCAACGGUGAAGCAAGCGUGUACCAAGAGGGGUUGCUUUAUGGAAGAUUGUGGUCCUCUUCGGCCCGUCGUCGUGCACUUGUGUCCGGGAUGGGGAAGGAGCAGGAGCUGCUGGAGGCCGCCCGCACUGGGAAUGUGGCCGUGGUGGAGAAGCUGCUGAGCGGCAAGAGAGGCAUCCUGGGCUCGGGCUCGGGUUCCAUUCCGCUGCCCAACCUGCUGAGCAUGUGGAAGGGCCUCAACGUCAACUGCACUGACAGCUCAGGAUACACGCCGCUGCACCACGCCGCUCUCAACGGACACAGGGAGGUGGUGCUGAAGCUGCUCCAGUUCGAGGCGUCCACCAAUGUGGCGGACAGCAAGGGCUGCUUCCCGCUGCACCUGGCCGCCUGGCGGGGCGACGUGGACAUCGUGCGCAUCCUCAUCCACCACAGGCCCUCGCACUGCCUCGUCAACCAGCAGAACCUCGAGCGGGACACGGCGCUGCACUGCGCCGCCCAGUACGGCCACUCGGAGGUGGUGUCGGUGCUGCUGCAGGAGCUGACGGACCCCACCAUGAGGAACAGCCGGCAUGAGACGCCUCUGGACCUGGCGGCGCUGUACGGACGCCUGCAGGUGGUCUGCAUGUUGGUGAGCGCUCACCCCAACCUCAUGAGCGUGCACGGGCUGCAACACACGCCGCUGCACCUGGCCGCUCGCAACGGACACCACAGCACCGUGGUCACGCUGCUGGAGGCCGGCAUGGACGUCAACUGUGUGACGGAGAAUGGCAGCGCCCUCCACGAGGCCGCUCUCUUUGGGAAAACGGACGUUGUUCGCCUUCUGCUCGACUCAGGGAUUGACACUAAUUUGAGAGAUAGUCAGAGGAGAACGGCUUUGGAGAUCCUGAGAGAGCAUACUGCUCCCAAAUCCCAGCAGAUCACUGCUCUUAUCCAAGAAUAUGUGACGGACGAGAUGGAGAGACGCAGCGUGGUGGAGGAGCCGGUCCGCAAAUGUCCCAUCCCCGCACCCAGAGCCUCCAUCUCCUCGCCUUCGGCCUCCCCUUCCCUCAAACACAAGAACGACGCUGUGACCAGUGAGCUGUCCAAGCUGCUCCAUGAGAUCAAAAAGUGUCGGGACAGAGACUACUCCUUUGAAGAGCUCUGCCACACCAUCUCCUCACACUCCAUGGACAGCUUUGGCAGCGGGCGGCUCUCGGAGGACGAGCUUCUGGACGCCGCGCCCAACGGCACCUUGACACGUGUCACCAAGAUCCCGCCCUUCCAGGAAGAGGAAGAUGAGUCUGACAGGAGUUGCGGCCCGGCCGGAUUCUGGGAAGCGUUGACGCCCUGCAACGGCUGCCACAACCUGGGCUUCUCGAACUUGUCGCAGGACUCCAAGCGCUCGGCGGAGGUGGUCACGUCUCCGUCGCUGGACGUCUUCCUCCCGGACGACGAGGACAACCCUUACGAGUCGGUCACCACCGCCGUCACCCGCAAACCCUGCUCGUUGGACAUCAGCCACGCCUGUCCACGCAACGGUCACUUGUCCCAUGGAGCGGGAGCCAAUGAGGGGGAGCACGGUAACCAUGGAAACCACUCUACGGGCCCCACUCCAGACUGCUCGCCCCCCUCCCCCGACACGGCCCUGAAGAACAUUGAAAGAGUCAUCCGCCCACAGCCCAAACAGCGCACCUCCCUGUCCUCAUCGCUGGACGUCCAGCGGACCGUCAAUCACAGCUGCGAGCCCAGCGAGGUGAGCUCUUCCCUGGGGUAUGCCAGCUUCAGCACCAGCCCCCCGGCCAGCCCCCCCUUUAGCCCCAACCAGGACCAGGACCAGGACCAGGACUCGGCCGGGUCCAACGACGACUGUCCCCUCGCAGACGACGCUCCCUACCCUCACGUGUCCCCCAACGCUGCGAUAGACGACCGCAGAAAGAGCCGCAUUCCGGAAGAAUUUGUGGGCCUCCUCCACGGAUCCUCCCCAGCCUGCGAGACCCCUGACACGCCUUACCACCUCUAUAGCCCCAAACCUAGCAAACACCUGCAGGCGCCUGAAUUCAGCAACGUGACCACAGGAGCUCCGUCGUCGUCGUCAUCAACAACCCAGAGGACCACCGCUAGCCCCCAGAAACCCCGAGCGGUCUAUCGGACUGUGUUCCACACUAGGGUCAACCAGGACCAAACCAGGCCGGGACCGGUGGACUGUUUCACACUAGCCGGCUCCUUUCCAUCUGGAGCUAACGGCGAGCUACCGCUGUGCGGAGGGAACGUCCCCAAGGGUGGUGCAUCGGGCCCCGGCUACGAGGAGAGGGCCUGCACCCUGGGGAGGAUGAGGUCCAUGCCCCGCAGCGUGCUGGACCUGCAGCUGUCCAAAUCCUUGUCCAAGUCUGACUCCAACCUGGUUGCCGUGUCUCCCAUUCAGGAGGAGAACAUUUGUUGUUCUGGAUCUCGCGGUCAAGAUUCCGGCGGUGGCGGCACCAUUUCGACGGGAAAGCUGGAAAGAACGCCCUCCUUCACGGCCGAGUGGGAGGAGAUCGACAAAAUUAUGAGCUCCAUCGGGGCGGGGAUCGGCAGCGGAAUGGACGCGAAGGCAGUCGCUACAGGUCCCCGCUGCCCGCUGCAGUCCGUGGGCCAGUGGCUCGACUCCAUCGGCUUGGUCCAGUAUGAGAACCACCUGCUGGCCAACGGCUUUGACAACGUCCAGUUCAUGGGCAGCAAUGUGGUGGAGGACCAGGACCUGCUGGAGAUUGGCAUCCUCAACUCGGCACACAGACAGCGCCUCCUGCAGGCCAUACGGCUGCUGCCCAGGGUGAGGCCGGUUGGCUACGAUGGCAACAACCCAACGUCAGUGGCAGAGUGGCUGGAGUCUCUGGAACUGGGCGACUACACCAAGUCCUUCCUCGUCAACGGCUACACGUCCAUGGAGCUGGUCAAGAAGAUCUGGGAGAUCGAGCUCAUCAAUGUUCUGAAGAUUAGUCUCAUCGGCCACAGGAAGCGGAUCUUAGCCUCGUUGGGCGACCGGCUACUCGAGGACACGCCCCAGAAACCUCCGCGGGCCAUCUCCCUACGGGAGCCCGGCGGGAACCACACGCCCCCCCAGCUCAGCCCGGCGGUGGGCCCGGCGGCGUACACGGCGGGCAUCCCCGGCGGAUCGCUGGACGUGCAGCACCUCAUCAUGCAGGCGGAUGCGCGGCGCCGACAACGCAGCAACGACAACUACUUUGACGACGUGCCGCGGUCCAAACUGGAGCGGCAAAUGGCCCAAGUCAGCAUGGCAGGCGAGUGGUGCGAGCCAAUCACGUUGCGUCCACCAAACGAGGCCACCUCAUCCACGCCGGUGCAGUACUGGCAGCACCACCCCGAAAAACUCAUCUUUCAGUCGUGCGACUACGAAGCCUACUAUUUGGGCUCCAUGCUGGUGAAGGAGCUAAGAGGCACCGAGUCCACGCAUGACGCUUGUGCCAAGAUGAGGAAGUCGACGGAACAGAUGAAGAAAGUGCCGACCAUAAUCCUGUCCGUGUCCUACAAGGGAGUCAAGUUCAUCGACGCCACUAAUAAGAACAUCAUCGCCGAGCACGAGAUCCGCAACAUCUCGUGUGCGGCCCAGGACCCCGAGGACCUGUCCACCUUUGCCUACAUCACCAAAGACCUCAAGUCCAGUCACCACUAUUGCCACGUCUUCACCGCCUUCGACGUGAACUUGGCGUACGAGAUCAUCCUGACGCUGGGCCAGGCCUUCGAGGUGGCCUACCAGCUGGCCCUGCAGGCGCGGAAGAGCGGCCACGGCUCGUCCACGCUGCCCGAGAGCUUCGACGGAAAGCCCGGCAAACCCGUGCCCAAGCCUCGCGUCAACAUCCGCAAAUCCAUGGAGCAGGCGUCCAUGGAGCAGAAGGGCCACGCCAACGUGCCGUGGAUAGUGGAGCCGGCUCAGGAGGCCAAGAGAGGAGUCAACACCAAGGCAGUGGCGGACGCUCAUGUCUUUUACUGCGGAAAUCAAAGAAUGUAGCCAGCCGUAAACACGGACCUUGUCGCACGUAGAAUACAAAACAGGACGCUCUUGCACACUUUUGAAAAGACUACAAACAUGGACGCCAUCCCCCUCACCCCACCUCCCCAAUCCCCGUGUUUAAGGUUGACUACACAUCGUUCCCAUCAUGCACUGAGGCUUGACGCACUGGACCAACACACAAACACACUCACACACACACACAAACUGCAUGGCGACAGACCGUCCACUCUGAAUGUUUGAACGCAGCCCCCGACCUUUGAACUUUUGGGAGGUCUACACAGAGAUGGACAGCGGGCACGUGUCAAUGUUGCUUUUUUUUUUUCUUUUUUUUUUUCUUUUUUAAAUACACUUGAAGGUGAGAAGUUUAAAAACGAUCUUCUGGUAUCGGCCGACAUUUCAAUGUUUAACAUGAGAGUAUUAUUAUAUGACCAUGAUGAUAUCUUGUGCAAUUCUUGUCUACUGUUGUCUUAAUGUUACAUUAUUUUUCUAUGCGCUUGAGACCGGCGGCCCCUUUAAAAAGAAGCGCGAAUGUGUCGACCCUCCAUCACUUCUCAAGGGGCUCUUCUCUCGCAGACGGACUAUUUUUCAAAGGUAGUGUCGCUCUAUUAUUUGGAUCAGAGGCUAUCCGCGUAUAAAAUGUACAUAGAUAUUUUGCCAACUCAUUGUUCAUACCUGUAAUGUAAGAGAUGGACAGAAUAAUAAAGGACUUGCAGUAUGUGGCACUGGAAAAGGAGCUACCAAAAUAAAGAGUUUGAAAGGUGGUAGAUUCUGUAGAGAUGUAUUUGGCGUGAUAUCACUGCUGACCAACUCAUGUAAAUAGGCUUGGGCUUCCAGCACGCUGAUUUUUUGUAAUUUUUGCCAUUAUUUAUAACCCUGUAAAGCACAUGGAAUAAAAUAUGACUUGUACAACCAUGA